AGUUUACUUUAUCUAGAAGAAAGAGCUUAUGUUUAAGUCUGUAUAUAAUGUGGUUGUCGGCCUUGUGGUUGUAUUGCGAGAUAGCUUGAAGCACGCUUAGUGAGUCGGUGAAAAUGACGGAGUUGAUCCAGUGGAGUUCUUCGAUAAUUCCUAUGGCCUCAAGCAGUGCCCAAGCUUCGGCAGAGAAGAUGGAUGUUUCUGCGGGAAGUUUAUGCAUUAUGGCUUUAUUUAGAUUAGGGAUGUAUAUGCUGGCUCCGACGGCCAGAGAGAGUUCAGAUUUUGAGCCAUCCGUGUAAAGGUGAGUGUGUUCUUUGAAGAGUUUAUCAGCUAAGUGCCGGAAACAUUGGUUGACAAGGUCCUGAGAGGCAUCUUUGUCCAGCUUCGUGAGAGAAUAGUUGAUUUGUGGGGAGAAUGAGUAGGCAGAAUAAGGGUAUUGGAAUUUCGGAGGAAUAGUGCUACGAAAUAUUUUUGUUAAGUCUCCUGAAGCUUGGAUGUAAAUUCCAAAAAUUGGGAAUUUAUUGAUGAGAUUGAUUUUAUCCUGUGGUGACACCACCAGAUCCCUGAGGGAUUUAAGGUAAAAAGUGGCAGGAUUACUUUUAUUGGCAAGGGCUUUGUAAAUGUAUUUAAAGGAAAUUUGAGAGAUUCUAACUUCUAAGGGGGGUUCUUUGGAUUCGUAUAGCAUUAUGUUGAUAGGAGUGGAAUUUCUAUAUCCGAGGGCAACUCUGAUGCAUCUAUAAAUAAGUCUUUUAAGUUUCAAAAAAUUUGAUGAGUUAUUGCGAAAUUGAAAGAUCUGACCCCCAUAUUCAACAGAGCUUCUGAAGAUAGCUCGAAAAAUUUGCAGGAGUAGACGGGGAUGAACCCCCCACCAAACGCCGGAGAGAGAUGAAAUAAUGUCCGCUAGUUUCCUGCCUUUAUGUAUUAGAUAUUUCAAGUGUGUGUCUCCUUUGAGUUUUUCGUCAAACCAGAUGCCCAAGAAACGGGCACUAGGAACUCUGGGAACUAGGGUGCCAUUUAUGAAGAUGUCCGAAGGACCUUGCAUAUUUUGUGAAGAGGAGCGCUUCCGGGAGAAAAUCAAAAGAGACACACACUUGAAAUAUCUAAUACAUAAAGGCAGGAAACUAGCGGACAUUAUUUCAUCUCUCUCCGGCGUUUGGUGGGGGGUUCAUCCCCGUCUACUCCUGCAAAUUUUUCGAGCUAUCUUCAGAAGCUCUGUUGAAUAUGGGGGUCAGAUCUUUCAAUUUCGCAAUAACUCAUCAAAUUUUUUGAAACUUAAAAGACUUAUUUAUAGAUGCAUCAGAGUUGCCCUCGGAUAUAGAAAUUCCACUCCUAUCAACAUAAUGCUAUACGAAUCCAAAGAACCCCCCUUAGAAGUUAGAAUCUCUCAAAUUUCCUUUAAAUACAUUUACAAAGCCCUUGCCAAUAAAAGUAAUCCUGCCACUUUUUACCUUAAAUCCCUCAGGGAUCUGGUGGUGUCACCACAGGAUAAAAUCAAUCUCAUCAAUAAAUUCCCAAUUUUUGGAAUUUACAUCCAAGCUUCAGGAGACUUAACAAAAAUAUUUCGUAGCACUAUUCCUCCGAAAUUCCAAUACCCUUAUUCUGCCUACUCAUUCUCCCCACAAAUCAACUAUUCUCUCACGAAGCUGGACAAAGAUGCCUCUCAGGACCUUGUCAACCAAUGUUUCCGGCACUUAGCUGAUAAACUCUUCAAAGAACACACUCACCUUUACACGGAUGGCUCAAAAUCUGAACUCUCUCUGGCCGUCGGAGCCAGCAUAUACAUCCCUAAUCUAAAUAAAGCCAUAAUGCAUAAACUUCCCGCAGAAACAUCCAUCUUCUCUGCCGAAGCUUGGGCACUGCUUGAGGCCAUAGGAAUUAUCGAAGAACUCCACUGGAUCAACUCCGUCAUUUUCACCGACUCACUAAGCGUGCUUCAAGCUAUCUCGCAAUACAACCACAAGGCCGACAACCACAUUAUAUACAGACUUAAACAUAAGCUCUUUCUUCUAGAUAAAGUAAACUUCAACCUGACACUAUGCUGGGUCCCGGCACACAAAGGAAUUCCAGGAAACGAAAAUGCAGAUCAAGCUGCCAAAAUUGCAUCCCGCCAAGGAUUCAUUCCCCCGUUUCGCAUUCCAUACGCGGACUAUUUCGCCGAGAUCAACUGUAAUACUACCAGCAAAUUCAGAGCUUAUCUGGAAGAAGCGGCACAAGUUAACGGCACCCAACAUGCUUCUUUAUACCAACAUACUCUUCACAAACGCCCUUGGUUUCAUCGCAAACCUCUUGACAGAGAAGAAAUUGUAAUAAUCAACCGACUCAGAAGCAACCACUACAACUUAAAAUACAGCCUAUUCAGAAAAAAUAUGUCAGACUCACCAAAUUGCCCCUGUGCGGAAGGUCGGCAGGACGCCAACCACAUCAUUUUUUACUGUCCUAUUACCACUCCGAAAUCAUCUAAUCUCAGACAAUACCUUAAAGACAAAUAUCCUUCAUUCCAAAUCAACAUCUUUCUUAUCCUCAGCUAUCCUACUACUAAACUAUGUCGCCUCAUACUUUCAUAUUUCAAAUCGUGCGAACUCAACAUUUGAACCCUCCCGCCUCGUGUGCAAGCACGAGUUCACGUCUCCGACGCGAUUCAAGGGGAGGGCGCUUA